ACUUUAAUUCAACCAUUCUAGCUUAGUCGACAUGGCAAAAGAUGAGGUUGCGGCUACAAGCAAAAUGGGGAAGAUGAUGGUGUCUGCAGGUUUCAAAAAAAGAGUGAUGUUGCCAUUAGUGUAUUAUAAUAAGCUAAAAGAAGAGAAAUCAGAAUGGGCAAUCUUGAAAACCCCUAAAGGAGAGUGGGAAGUGAAAGUGCGUAGAGAUGAUAAUGGUGACAUCUUCCUUGAAGAUGGAUGGCCAGAAUUCGCCCGCGGAAACGCCUUCAACGACCACGAUUUCAUGGAGUUUGAACAUACGUGCAACAAAAUGCACUUCAACGUGACAACGUUAACGUCGCUGUCUCUGCGCCGCUGCAAAAUCAAGGCUCUCCGGCAAACACCAGCAAAGGAAAGGCAAAGAAGAAAGAUGUUGCAACUCCCCACAACCACAACCAGUGGCCGUUUUUUGAAAAGAAAAUGACAUGUCAUUAUGUCAAAAAAUUAGCCAUGCUGCCUAUCUCGAAAAAAUUCGUGAGUAGGAAUGAUUUCGAAACAAAGAAAAAAGUAAUAUUAAUGGAUCCUCGAGAAAAAAUAUGGCCAGUGGAACUCCGGACUCAAAAUGACCUACGCUGCGGAAAGCGGGUCUUUAUGACUAAAGGAUUUCAUGAUUUCUGCUUAGCUAAUGAGCUCAAAAAUGGAGAUAAGUGCAAAUUCAUACUCAACCCUCAGUCUCCAUCAACCUCCACUAGUUAUUUUCAUGUCCACAUAAAUUAGUUUAAGAGUUGAUGUUGUUGUCACUAUGCUAUCACUUCCCCUUUUGAUGAUUGCCGAUGUGUAGUAACAUUAGUAUAUAGUUUCUAGACUUUAUUAUGAAAUCGAUUCUAGGCUACUUCUUCUAGGGUUUAACUUGAAGUAUUCUCAUUCUGCAGAACUUGUAUGAAUUGUGAACAACUUUCCAUCUUCAUUGUUACUAUGUUUAUUAAGUAUGUGUUAUUAUGCAUC